AUGCAGUAUCUCUUUCAACGUCGACUUUGCCAACGAUGCAGAUGCAGAUACAGAUACAAAUACAAACCAGGCACAGAUACCGAUUUUGAUGUCAGUGCUGCUGUACUUACUGCAGUUGCUGCUGUAGACGCUGUUGUAAAUGGUGACAGUAGUGUUGUUGGUGGCGAUGUCGGUGAUAGUGAUUGCGAUGAUGGCGAUAGCGAGGAUGGUGAUGAUGACGGUGAUGGUAAUGGUGUGGCGGUGAUGAUGAUGUCGAGGAUGAUGACGUUGGAUGAAGCAAUUACUACAAUAGAAUCAUUAUAA